AUGGUCGAGCAAACCGAAAAGCUGGUCAUCUUGCAGCUCCGCCUCCGAUUUGGUAUGGAAGGCUGCUACUGGAGCCCCAGUCUGAAUUUUAUGCUCGAGCCAGCAAAUGCGGAGCGGCGUGAGAAGAUCGAGCUACAUGCCAGCGUGGCAGCGAUGGCGCUGGGGCUGACCGAUAAGGCUACAAACGCGGAUCCAACCACGAUACAGCCCCAGUCAAGUCCUCUAUGCACGGGAAUCUCUUGGCUUUUCAGCCUUUUGGCGAUCUCAAUGGCAAUUUUCGUGGCUGCUGUGUGUGAUAUCGCUAUCGUUGGCGAUGUGACGCCUCCGCCUGCCAGAGGGAUCGCGUUCGCCAGCGUCAAACCGUACGUCGUCCGCGACGGAUUAAUUUAUUGGGAGCCCAGCAACAACUUCGACGAAAGUUUUUUCUUGAGCAAGUACUCGAAGUUGCAAGUGGCUGAGGCGGGCUUUGCGCAGAUAUCGAUCAUGCUACGCCACUCGAAUUGCCACUCGGAUAUCGCUUUCAAGGUGUACCAAGGAGCUGACGAGAUCGCUAGCGUCUAUGAUUACUCGUGCGGUUUCUUUUCUAUCGGGAUCUCGUCGACGUAUGUCCACACGGUUCCAGUGGAGGCGAACGACACGUUGAGUGUCAUGUACGUUGGCAGUGGGAAACUGAACCUGGACGAUAGCUUCAUGGAUGUUCUGCUGCUACCGCCUACUAUGCAGUAA